AUGUCCUCCUCGGUGGAUUCCCCCAACCUCACGCCGGUUAUCACAUCGCAGGCUCAGCAUGUUUAUCAACAUGUUUAUCAGCUCAUGUUGUCGUUCACCCAGGCCUUCCCUGUACAAUCAGACCACGGCUACAACCUCCAUGACGUCCGCGUCCUCUUGUAUUCCAGCCUCCAAAAACUGUCGACAUGGCAGCUGAGUUUGCCGCACGAUCUCACUGCGUUGAGCAAGGCAGACCGCGGAAAUUCCCCCUGGGGCAAGGACGGGUACCGAGCGGUGGCAGAGCAACUGAGGCUGAUUCAGAUCGAGUGCCAGGAUAUUCAGCAGAUACUGCAGGCACACACAGAGUUCAACAUCAAACUCGAAACCAAAACCAAUCUUCGUCGCUGGUGGUCGCUCCUGCGGAAGAAAGACCCGAAAAAACAUCAAGCAACAAUUGUCCUGAAAGAAUUGUGGCACCGGCUCAACCUCCUGAGAUGCUCGCUGGACAAACCGGGCGUGUUGUCGGACCUGUACUUCCAGAGACAUCACCAGUCUGCGCUGUUCUUCAUCUCGCCCGAGACCGAUGACGACUUCCUGCGCGACAUCGCCAGUAGUCGACACGCAUCGACACUACUGUACACCACAUGCACGAGAUGGAACCUGAGUCUCGAAAUCGACGUGUUCUGCGCCUGGUGGGGGAAGAUGACACAGAUGCCCCAGGGCAGCAGAGGCUACCAUCUUUUCUUCCACACGGACUACAAGCCAGCGUUGGAACUGCUAAUUGUACCACUCAAGGAUGACGAGGCUGCAAGCGCCAUCUUGAGGGAUGAACAAGCACCACUAUACUCGAACAGCGAGUUCCUGCAAGCGGUCCACGCAGCCAAAUUGGCAGUCGGGACGGGGUCGAUCGUCAAGCUCACCGACUCUCGCGCAGGGACAACCUUCUACUACCGCGUCGAGCGGCUCGUCAAAGGACCUGACACGGGUGAUUACGACUUUGUAUCGGUACCGGCGCGCUGGAGUUUGGAAUUUCACGGUUUCCGCGAGAGGGAACUGCUCAGCCUGGCUUACAAGCUGGUAGAAUUUGGCAUGUACCAUCUCGGAGGCCCCUGGCUAUCAAACCUGCAAAGUUACAACGUUGUGGACCUCAAGUGUAAUACCUCUCAGCCGCGUUGUGUCUUACAUGUUCACUCCGAGUGCUUUGAAUUUUUAGCGCCGUAUGCCAACAGCCUGCCAUGGAUAGUGCGUCCUCAGCUGUUUAUUCUCGGGCUAUCGUUAGUUCAAAUCGCCCUCAAACGUGACAUAAGUGAGAGCCAGCUCGAAUCUUUCGGGCAGCGGGCGGAGAGCCUCGUCCUUGUGGAGGGUUCAAUGGGCAGGGCGUAUCGGAAAGCGUGCGAAUUUUUAUUGAGUCGCGGUGGCGACAGUGUUGCUGAGCUUGAAUUCCUCCUUCACGACUCGAAAGAGGAACGAAACCACAGAGAUCCAGAAGAACCAGAAGGCACUCCCUUAACCUCCAAGGUAGCGUUCUCAAUUUCCAGCACUGACAUUUACGAGGCUCCCCUCCCGACUGACGCUUUAUAG